AUGGGAAUUGAAUCGCUCUCAUCUCGAGAGGCAGAGGGGAGGGCCAAUGCAACAGUGGCGGAUAAGGGCGCGCAGAAGCUGCUGCAGCCCAAUGACAAGCAGCUGACAUCCCGCCUUCUCUCUGCCUUCCUUUCUUUGACUCUCCCUCCCUGCCUCCCCACUCCCUGCCUCCCCACUCCCUGCCUCCCCACUCCCUGCCUCCCCACUCCCUGCCUCCCCACUCCCCUCCACCCCCCCACUUCAGUUCUUCCCUCUGUGGGCAUCGGGUCGUUAUCCUCUCGAGAGGCCGAAGGGAGGGCAAAUGCGACCGUUGCAGAUAAAGACGUGCUGAAGCUGCUGCAGCCCAACGACAAGCAGCUGAGGCCGAUGGCGGAAGAAAUGGCGGAUUUCCAAGUGUCGGUUGACAUGUUUUUAACCACGCAGGGGUUUGCUGAUGCUGCCUCAAUUGCUGUGAUUCCCAGGAUCACCGGCGGACAGGGGUUUGCCGAUGCGGCCUCAAUUGCCGUCGUUCUCAGAAUCACUGGCGGGCAGCUCUACAGCUACUACCCCUUCAGCGCGGCUCACGACGGGGGUAAACUGCAUAACGACCUGCGCUGGGCUGUGAGGCGGCCGCACACGUUUGAAGGGGUCAUGAAAGUGCGGUGCAGCCAGGGCCUCUCCGUGUCCGACUAUUUUGGCAACUUCCACCGCCGCAUCCCUGCAGAGAUCUACCUCCCAGCGAUGGACAGCAUCAAGGCCAUCAUGGCAGCCGUCAAGCCCUUCCUGCCUUCUUCACUAAUCCUCCACUACUCACCCGUCUUCAUAAACCCCUCUUCAAUCACAUACACACAGAUGGACAGCGACAAGGCGAUCAUGGCAACUGUCAAGCACGAGGAGAAGCUUGCAGAGAACAGCGAAGCCUGCUUUCAGUGCGCCAUUCUCUACACUACCACCACGGGGGAGAGGCGUGUCCGAGUGCACACUCUUUCGCUGCCCACCACGGCCUCUUUGGCCUCUGUGUUCCGCGGGGCUGAUCUGGACGCGCAAUUUGCAUACAUGCUUAAGACAGCUGCUGCGGACGUGGUGACUCACCCGGUGCAGCCAGUAAGGGACGCAGCAGUGCAGACGGCAGUCAACAUCCUCUACACCUACCGCAAGUUCUGUGCCACUGCUUCUUCUUCAGGGCAACUCAUUCUCCCAGAGGCGCUCAAGCUGCUGCCCUUAUACACUCUCGCGCUGCUCAAGUCGCAGGGUCUGAGAGGCGACGCGAAGGUGGACGAGCGGUCGGCCUGGUUGGCGAGAGUGCGGCCCCUCUCCGCCUCGCUCUGCGUGCCUCUUGUCUAUCCUCGGCUCUUUGCCCUGCACCACCUUCUCAAGGACGCUGCCAACCAGGAGCAACAGAAGCAGCAGAACGGGACUGAGGAGGGAGAGCAGCAGCACGAGCAUCUGCCCUCCGCGCUCCCUCUCUCCAGUGAAAAGCUCGAGCCUGAUGGUGUUUUCCUGGUGGAGAACGGGGAGGAGGCGGUGGUGUGGGUGGGCAGGGAGGCGGACAGCCAUCUGCUGUUUGACCUCUUUGGCCUGCGAUCCGUCGAUGAAAUCGCUCCCGGCCCGUUCCUCCUGCAAGAGUUUGACAACCCCGCAUCGCGCAAGCUCAAUGCCAUUGUGAACGAGAUUCGGCGCCAGCGAUGCUCGUACCUCAAGCUUCGGCUUCUCAAGAGAGGUGACCCAUCAGAGAAUCUCUUCUUUCAAACGCUGGUCGAGGAUCGGUCGCCAUCGGGGAUGUCUUACGUGGAGUUUUUGGUUCCCGAAGUCAACAUCGGCAUCACCAAACGGCUGGCGGACGAAUGGAUGUCCGCUACAAGGGUGGCGCUGGACGUGCUCGGGCCCCGUUAUAAUGCAACCUUCAAAGUGAUGCCGGUGGUGGAGGUGGUGCCGUGCAAUAGCGAGGAUGCAGCAGUGGCAGCAGAGCGGCUAGACCUGAUGAACGUGGUGGGGGUGGUGGGACCGGCAUGCUCUGAGGCAGUGAGGGGAGCCAACUCCGUGCUACAGCCCAAGGGGAUUCCCUACGUGUCCUUUGCUGCCACUGCUGAUGUGUUCAACACGCGGGAUUACAACACGUUCUUCCGAACAGUCUUUGCUGACAAGCACCAGGCGAGGGAAAUCGCGGCUCUGAUCAGAUUCUUCCAGUUCGACGAGGUCCAUCUGUUCUACUCUAACGAGAUCUACGGCUCAGAUCUUGCCGCCAAGAUCCGUGCUGAGCUGGACGGCUCGCUCAUCCCCAUCAGCACGAUCCCCGUCGGUUACCCCGUGGACGAGUUUGCGCCGCUCUUUGCUGACGUGGCGGUCGGGGAGAGGUCCAUUUGCGUGCUUGCCGCCCUGCCAGCUGUCGCGGAGGGGUUUUGGCGGGCAGCAGUGAGGGAGAACUUCACCCGCUACCCUUGGUGGUAUUUGGGCACUGACGGCGUGGCAGCUCUUGACUUCGUUGACCAAUCCGGGGAGAGGCUCGGAAACAUGGCCCGGUCUCUGCAAGGGGAGAUGGCGAUUGGUCCUAACAUGCCAUUUGAGAGUCCCAACCUGCGUCCAUUCACGAACCACUGGAAGCAGCAGGCAGCAGAUGAUUAUGUGGGGCUGGUCAAUGCGGCGACCACGCCAAAGUAUAACGAGACGCGCUUAUAUGUGGCGCAUCUGAUCGACUCCAUCUGGGCCUUCUUCGAGGCGUUUCGGAACAUCAUAGCCGUCCAAAACCGGGCGGUAACCGCGCAAGCCGUGCUCGAAUGCUUCCGAAAUCAGCCGGCCAGUUGCGUGCGGUUCGAGGGAGCAUCGGGGACAGUGGCAUUCAAUACAGUCACGGGGGAGAGGUUGAAGCUAGAUGGGGUGCCUGUGUACAGUCUUCACAACUUGAUUGGAAAGACGUGGAAGGAGAAGCCCAAGUGGGUGUUGAACGGCUCAGAUGGCGUCAAGCUGAUGGAUCCAACAGACUACGCUGCGAAAUAUCUGGACAUCGAAGGUCUGAUAACGCUUGCAUGCGAGACUGUUGCUGGCAUGAUUCGAGGAAAGACGCCAGAGGAGAUCCGCAGGACUUUCAACAUAGAUAACUCAUACACUCCAGAAGAAGAGGAAGAAAUUCGUCGCGAGAGCAAGUGGUCGCGAUGCGCGGUGCACCGGGUUCCCGAGCGCAUGGAAGCAUGGAACCCGGUGCAGCGCCUCGUGCCCGGCACGGGCCGUCGCUGUGCGAGGUGUUCUGCAACAUACCGCCUCAUGCCGUGCCAUGCCUCCGUGGCCUCACGAGGCACACCUCCCUAUCCGCCGGCGGUUUGUGAGUCGACUCAAAGAUCGGGCGAUUCUCACAGAAUGGUUGGGAGUCUGGUCGUCGAGUCGGCACGUGGCGCGCAGUUGGAGGUGCUGCUACAGGCGACGGUCUGGGAGCGCAUCUCCGUCGCGAAGACGCUCGCGAUAACGUUCGCCAAAGCGCUGGUCGGGAUAUGCGGUUACGCGCCGUACGGGUUCCAUGCUAUGGCGAUGUAUCGGAGCGCGUUUUACGCCAGUCAGCGCGGCUUGGAAGUCGGCGAUUGGGAUCCGGAAAAUGCGGAGGCAGCUGACGUCGACAGUGUGGAACUGGGCGUCGUCGAUGGAGGCGAUGCUGUGGCAGGGUCUGCCACAUGGCGGCGUGCGAGUGGUCUACGAUAUCCGCUACGGCCCUCGAUCGCGCAACACUCUUGA